AUGGAGCCGGUCAUCCGAGGCAAGCUCCGCUACGUCGCCGCCGGCCACGUCCCGGAAGUCAGCCCGCACAACUUCCACCUCCCCGCGAUGUCCGAGUUCAGCGAUGAUCGUCUUCUCCCGCUCCACAGCAUGCGGCCCGUUCCCACGGUGUCGGAACUUUCUACGGUCACAAAUCAUGCUCAGUUGUCAACUCACGGUUUCAUGGCCGUUCAUCAUCCAACGACGCUACACUCGCCUCCUUACAACCGUGCAUCCUGGAAGGACCACCGGUUUUUAAGGGAGCAUUAUAUAGCCGAGUCGGCUGGUGUAGUUGGUCACUUCGCUGGUAGAUAA